UGGCGCAUCAUUAGUGUGCACAAAUCUACCGAAGUGUAAAGUUUAAUUGCCAUGGCGUUGCUGGAGCUCGUGUGGAUCGUGGUCGCGAUACUGCUGGUGUCGUAUCUAUGGAUCAAAAAGAGGUUCGGAUUUUGGAAAGAGCGGAACAUCGAAUAUAUCGAGCCGGAAUUCCCGUACGGUAAUUUCAAGACUCUCGGAAAGGUGGAACACCUUGCGCCGAUCACCAGACGACAUUACGACUACUUCAAGCAGAAGGGAGUACCGUAUGGAGGCGUUUUCAUGUUGACCUCGCCCUUGUUGUACAUUAUGGAUCUAAAACUUAUCAAAACAAUACUGGUAAAGGACUUCAAUUACUUUCCCAAUCGCGGUGUUUACUUCAACGAAAAGGACGAUCCACUAUCGGCACAUAUAUUUGCGAUCGAAGGGCAAAAGUGGAAAACUUUGCGGAAUAAAUUAUCUCCUACGUUUACGAGUGGAAAAAUCAAAUUGACCUUCCCGUUAGUGGUGGAAGUGUGCCAACGAUUCUGCGAACACCUUAGCGAAGUCGUUCAAACAUCGAACGACGUUGAAAUGCACGAUUUGCUCUCCCGGUACACGAUUGAUGUGAUUGGAACGUGCGCUUUCGGGAUCGAGUGCAACAGUUUCCGGGAUCCGGAUAACGAAUUCCGAAAAUAUGGAAAGUUGGCAUUCGACAAGUUGCCCCAUUCACCGUUGGUUGUGUAUUUGAUGAAAGCUUUCCGAAAAUAUGCAAAUGCCCUCGGGAUGAAGCAACUCCACGAGGAUGUUACUUUGUUUUUCUCCAAAGUGGUGAGGGAUACAAUUGAUUAUCGUGAAAAAAAUCACGUCGUUAGAAAUGAUUUCAUGGAUCUCUUGUUGAAACUGAAGAAUACUGGACGACUGGAGGAAGCUGGAGAAGAAAUCGGGAAGCUUUCGUUUGCCGAAAUAGCAGCUCAAGCUUUUAUAUUCUUCACAGCCGGGUACGACACCUCAUCAACGGCCAUGACAUACACUCUGUACGAAUUGGCACUCAAUCAGAAGGCUCAAGAGAAGGCUCGCAAAUGCGUAUUAGAUAUUUUUACUACGAACAAUGGCAAUCUCUCGUACGAAUCUGUCUCCAAUAUGGGUUAUCUAGAUCAGUGUAUCAAUGAAACUCUUCGUAAACAUCCCCCGGUGGCCAUACUGGAACGCAACGCAGAUAAGGAUUAUCGCAUUCCCAACAGUGACCUGGUCAUCCAGAAGGGUCGCAAGAUUAUGAUUCCAACGUACGCAAUGCACCACGAUCCCGAGCAUUUCCCUGAUCCGGAAGCAUACAACCCAGACCGUUUCUCACCGGAAGAGGUUGCCAAACGCGAUCCCUACUGCUUCUUGCCCUUUGGCGAAGGUCCACGAAUCUGCAUUGGGAUGCGUUUCGGACAGAUACAGGCCCGCGUUGGAUUGGCCACUCUUCUGAGAAGCUUCCGGUUUUCUGUUUGUGAUAAAACACAAAUUCCAGUUCGGUAUUCGAGAACCAACUUCAUUCUGGGUCCAGCCAAUGGCGUCUGGUUGAAGGUAGAGAGACUGUAAAUAUUUUGGACUAGACAGAUUAUUGAUUGCUUGGCUAGACGAGUUCAUUUAUUGUUAUUCUUAAGUCAAUAUAGUUCACACUAAAAACAUGUAUUCUGUUGACCAUGUCGAUCCAAGUCAAUCAAUACUAGUAUAUCAAAUGCAUAAACCAAUAAUUAAACCAAUGAUAUUAUUACUGUACAAUAAAGAGCAUUCAGUAGACUAAUUGAAAA